AUGGCCUCUACAACACCGCAACCCAUCAAAAUGGCCAUCCUGGACGACUACCAAAACCUCUCCGCCCCCUACUUCGCCAACUUCCACCCAACCGAGCUCCAAAUCGACACCUUCCCCGACACCCUCCCCCCCAGCGCCACCGACGCCCUCAUCGCCCGCCUCAAACCCUACACCAUCAUCUCCACCAUGCGCCAACGCACCCCCUUCCCCGCCCCCCUCAUCGCCUCCCUCCCCAACCUCCGCCUCCUCCUCACCACCGGCCUCCGCAACAACAGCCUCGACCUCCCCGCCUUCGCCGCCGCCUCUAUCCCCGUCGCCGGCACCCCCUCCGACAUCCCCACCGCGCCCUCCCCCACCUCCACCCCUCCCCCCCUCCGCACCGGCUUCAGCAAAACGACCCAACACACCUGGGCCCUCAUCCUCGCCCUCACCAGCAACAUCCCGCGCGACGACCACAACCUCAAACUCACCUCCUCCCCCUCGCCCUGGCAAUCCUCCCCCCCUCUCAACACCUUCCUCGCCGACCGCACCUUCGCCGUCCUCGGCCUCGGCAAACUCGGCGUCGCCGCCGCCCGCACCGCCAUCCUCGGCUUCGGGAUGCGCGUCGUCGCCUGGAGCGCGUCGCUAACGCAAGACGGCGCCGACGCGCUCGCCGUCGCCGCCGGAUUGUGGGCGGGGGCAUUCGAGUGUGUGGAUACGAAAGAAGAGGCGUGUCGCCGCGCGGACGUGUUGAGCCUGCACUACGUGCUGUCGGGGCGGUCGGCGGGGAUGGUGGGGCGGAAGGAGCUGGGGUGCAUGAAGCGCGGGGCGGUGUUGGUGAAUACGGCGAGGGCGGGGCUGGUGGACGAGGAGGCGUUGUGGGAGUGUUUGGUGGGGGGGAGGAUUGCGGGGGCGGCGUUGGAUGUGUGGUGGGAGGAGCCGAUGGGGGAGGGGAGUAGGUGGAGGAGGGAGCCGUGGGGGGAGGGGGGGAGGGGGAGGUUGGUGGGCACGCCGCAUAUGGGGUAUAUGUUUGAGGAGACGCUGGAUCUGUGGUGGAGGGAGACGGCGGCGAAUGUGAGGAGGUGGCUGGAUGGGGAGGAGUUGGCGCACAGGUUGGUGUGA